AGUAUAGACAUAAUAAUAAUCCCAGGAAAUGAUUUACUCUUGCAUUUGUAUUUGAGGUUAUUCUUGUGUAUAUACUAAAUUUUCAACAGUGAGUGUUAUUAAUAUGCCAUAAAAAAGGAUAUAAAAUAAAUUGAAAAAAAAAAAACUUGUAGUGUUACAAUAAUAAAACAAAGCAAGAAACAUGUUGAGUUGUGGUAGAGGAAUUGGUCAAAUAUCACGGAUCACCAGACAUGCAUAUCCCAAUUGCAUAAAAUCAGCAGUUUUUGAAUUUACUGGCCAAAUUGGAAAUCUCAGCAAUGGGAGUAAUAAUAAAGUUAACAAGCCUGUAAAACCACGGGGUAGAACAAUUAAGGCUGAGGAAUGUUUGCCACCAAAAUUCAAUGAAAAAUCAACACAGCCUUCCUCAAAGAGCUCUGUUACUAGUGGAUGUCCACCAGCGUGUGAAGAAAUUUGUGGUAAAAUACAACCCAAGGGCCCCUCGGAGAAUAACAAUGCUCCUAAAUACUGGAAACAUAUUAUUGCCGUCAUCAUCUUUGCAGGUGUUGCAGUCUAUACGUACACUCGUACAGAUUGGAUGAACCAAGGAAACGAGGGAGCAGCAUCGAAAAGUCCCUCUAAAAAGAAAAAAGAGAGUGAAAAACAGAAGAAAACAGUAAAGGUCCGCUAUCCUGUCAGUUCAGAUUUCCUCCCGACAGACGUUCCCUAUUUAUUAAUUGGGGGAGGAACAGCUGCAUUUUCUGCAUUUCGAUCAAUUAAAUCUCGCGAUCCAAAAGCUAAGGUACUUGUGAUAACGAACGAGCCAGAUCAUCCUUAUAUGAGGCCACCAUUAUCAAAAGAAUUGUGGUACAACAAAAAUCGUGAAGUAUCCGCACAGUUGACUUUUAGACAGUGGAAUGGCACAGAAAGAAGUUUGUACUAUGAACCCCCAGAGUUCUAUGCAAAUGUCGAUAAUCUUAUGAAAUCAGACAAGGGUGGUGUGGCUGUUGCAACAGGUUGGACGGUAAAAAAUAUUGAUCCUAUUAACAGACUAGCAAUACUCGAGGACGGAUAUGAAAUUAAGUACGAUAAGUGUCUCAUUGCGACUGGCGCAUCGCCGAAGAAUCUCUCGAUAUUCGAAAAUGCCGAUGAAUCAGUUACAUCUAAAGUCAUUCCAUUCAGGACGAAAGAUGAUUUUCUUCAACUUGAGGAGAGACUCGCUGAUCCGAAAUUGAAGAAUAUCGUUAUUGUUGGGGGUGGAUUUUUAGGCUCAGAGCUUGCCUGCUCACUCUCACGAAAUCUUGGAAAUACACAGAAACAUGUGUAUCAGAUUUACAAGGAAAAAUUCAUAAUGUCACAAGUUUUGCCGGAGUAUUUGUGUGAAUGGACGACGAAGAAAUCGACAAUGGAGGGAGUGACUUGUGUGCCUAAUGUGGAAAUUGAGAAUUACGAAGUGAAGAACGGGCAGUUGAAUUUGAUAUUGAAUAAUGGAAAAAUGAUUGAAGCUGAUCAAGUGGUAGUUGCACUGGGAGUUGCUGCUAAUACCCAACUCGCUGAGCCAUCAAAUCUCGAAGUUGAUCCAGAGACCGGUGGAUUUUUGGUAAAUGCUGAACUCGAAGCACGAAGUAAUGUUUGGGUAGCUGGUGAUGCAGCUUGUUUCUACGAUGUAAAACUCGGUCGUAGACGAGUCGAGCAUCACGAUCAUGCAGUCAUUUCUGGAAGACUUGCUGGCGAAAAUAUGACUGGUGCAGGUAAGCCUUACUUGCAUCAGUCAAUGUUUUGGUCUGACCUGGGUCCAGACGUUGGUUACGAGGCCAUUGGAAUCGUCGAUUCCAGCCUUCCUACGGUCGGUGUAUUUGCCAAAGCUGAAGAUACGAAUGAUAAUGCAAAGACAAGUGCUACAGAAAUGAGCGAUCAGGUAAAAGAAGAAAAGACUGCUCAAAAUCUGUGGCAGACUAACAAAGAUGAAAAAAAUCCAGUGGCUUCAAUACCAGAACAGGAUUAUGGCAAGGGAAUAAUUUUCUAUCUCAGGAAUGACACUGUGGUGGGCAUUGUUCUGUGGAAUAUCUUUAACCGUAUGUCACUGGCUCGUCAGGUGCUGGCAAGAGGAACUCAUUAUGAAGAUUUAAAUGAAAUAGCAAAACUCUUUGCCAUUCACGAGGAAUAAUUGAAAUGACACAAUAUAAAAGACUUGCAGGAGUCCUUCAAAUUCCGUACACCUUUAAUACUUUGAAUUAAUGAAUAAAACAAGAUAAAAUUAUUGAAA